GGUGGGAUGGCAGGUCCUUCGACCUUCGACAAGAUGAAGAUGGGUGCCAUGAUGGGUGGCACGGUGGGAUUGAUUAUUGGCUUCAUCUUUGGCGCUACGAAUAUAAUCAGAUAUGGGCCAGGACCGAAUGGCAUGAUGCGGACGCUAGGACAGUAUAUGCUGGGCUCUUCAGCAACCUUCGGCUUCUUCAUGGGCAUUGGAACGACGAUACGGACAGACAGCUCCCCGAUCCUCACCGAAGCCUUCAAGGCAGCACACAUGCGACAUGGACCACCAAUGAUCCUGCCC